AUGACGUGUUGAUACUGUGGUUUCUCUUCCAUCAGGUAGCUUUACAUGUGCAUACUCAGCAUUUCCAUGUAGAAGUUGGACCUCUUCAACAAGUGGCUCAUAUUUAGAUGUUCGAUUGAAUUUUUUUAAAUAGACAGGGCCGGAAUUGAGAAGCCAAGAAGGAGCUGAAACACCAUUGUUUCCAGAUCUACGUGGGUGUAAGAACAUACGCUCAUGAGGAGUUUGAUUUGUGGCUGUGCAAAGUAAUGUUCUUGUUGAGCUAAGAGCAUCUUCUAAAACUGACUCCCAUUGAUUUAUUUCUAAAUUAAGUGAUUUUAAUGCUAGCUCAAUCGUUUUCCAUAGAAUACCAUUAUAUCUUUUAACCUGUCCAUUACCUGCUGGGUUGUAAGCAGUGGUUCUGCUAGUUGCAAUUCCAUGCGAGUUUAUGUAAUUUUUCAAGUCUUUGACUCAUAAAUGAUGUUCCUCUGUCUGAAUGUAUGUAACUAGGAACCCCAAACUUAGAAAACAGGGUUUUCAGUUUUGAUUUAACUGUAGAUGAUGACAUGUCUGGACAUGGGAAAGCAAAAGGGAACCGUGAAAACUCAUUGGUACUAUUACCAAUAAAUAACGAUUUCGACUUGAUGAAGGCAGAGGGCCUUUGAAAUCGAUAUUUAGCCGUUCAAAUGCAGAAGUGGCUUUAAUCAGAGUCCCUUUGUGUUUGAAGAAUUUGGGCUUGACAGCAGCUCACACUUUGCAGGAGUUUGUUAUGCGUCUGAUUUCAUCAAUUGAGUAGGGUAAAUUUUUACUCCGAACCCAGUGGUACAACCGUGUUAUGCCUGGGUGGCAUAGAGACUCAUGUAAAUCAACUUAUAGAUUUUUCUGAUUUUGGAUUGAAGAACAUACUCUAGACAGAGCAUCAGCAGCCAUAUUAUCUUUGCCAGGUCUAUAUACAAUAUCGUAAUGAAAACAAGACAGUUUCAGUUUCCACCUCAUUAUCUUUUCAUUUUUCACUUUACCAUGACGGUUGUUAUCAAACUUAAAAGCUACCGACCUCUGAUCAGUAAUUAGCUUGAAAUGUUUGCCAACCAAGUAGUGACGCCAUUUUCGCAGUGCUUCUACAAUGGCUUGUGCUUCUUUCUCAACACUUGAAUGUCUUUGUUCUGCUGGUGAAAGUAUCCUUGAGAAGAAUGCAACUGGACGGUUUGAUUGAGUCAAAUUACAAUUAUAGUUACUGUAGUAUAACAACUUAAAUGGAUUUUUAACAAAUAAUAUAGGUAUCUUAUUCUUUCAAUCACCUUCGUAAACAUUUAUUUAUGUUACAUUCUCAUUUUAUUUCAAGUUAGUUUUCAUAACUCAAAUUCUUAAAACUUGUUAUCCUGAACAUAAGAAUACAAUAUGAAUGGAAACGACUUGUCAAAAUAGUCGAUUAAAUAAAAACAAUUCGAAAUAGUAGUUUCCCGUUGUUACAGAAUUAUUCGCAGACAAUUUCUCCGAAACAAUCAACUUUUAUUUGAACGAAUCAAUAAGUCUCUUUUUAAUAUCUAGGUACAUUUCACACACAUUUCAUAUAGGUUUAUCGAGUCGUUCAACGCUUACUGCUGCAUCAUUGGUUGAGUGUCAAGCACUGAUGUUCCAAAACAAACCCUUAAAGGCAGAUCACAGGUGGUCGAAAUUGAAGCAAAAACCGGAAUGUGGAAAAUUAUAAAUACAGAUCCAAUUGCAGUAAAUUGAAGAGAGGAGUACACAGGGAACAAUAAUUGCACCUAUAUUAUUCUCCUUAUUCAUCAACGAUCUCCCUAGUAAUAUACCAGGAGCCAGUAGUGUAUUGUUCGCCGAUGAUGCCAACUUUCUCAUCAUAGGUGAUACUAUCCAGCAGAUGCAGAGUGGGGGAGAAAAGGUGGUAGAGAGCAUUCGAAAUUGGUGUGAAGCAAAUAAAAUCAAGGUGAAUAUUGGAAAGACAUGCUAUCUCAGUUUCUGCAUAAAUCAUUUCAACGCUCCUGACACCUUCUACUUCGAUAUGGACUUAAAACAGGUCAAACCAGCAAAUGUAUGCAGCUUCCUGGGUUUGAAAAUGGAUUCUGGUUUGAGAUGGAAUGAUCACAUCGACGAAUUGAUUAAACGACUCAGUAAGGCCACAUUCGCAAUUGCUACACUAGCAAGAACAAUGCAUCAGCAGAUAGUCUUCUCCGCAUACUAUGGAUACUUUCAGCCUCUUCUUACCUACGGAUUACUAUUCUGGGGCACGUCACCGGAAAUUAUCAGGGUAUUCAGAGCACAGAAGAGAGUGAUUAGAAUAAUGCUCAAAAAACCGCCUGGAUCUCCAUGUAGAGAAUUAUUGCGAUCAACAGGGACGCUCACACUACCUUGCCUGUAUAUUCUGGAGUCUGUAGCAUUUGGUCUCAAGCAUGCAUCGACGUGGACAAGGGGUGCUGACCUACACAAUUAUAACACGCGUUCAAGGAACACCUAUCGAAUACAACAACAUAGGACAUCGUUCUACGAGAAAAAUCCAAUUCACAUGAGCCAAAAAAUGAUCAACUCCCUGCCGCACCAUCUUAAGGACAUUGACAAUAGAGUGCAGCUCAAGAAAAAAUUGAAGGACUGGCUGGCUGAUUUGUGUUUUUAUGACAUGAAUGACUUUUUGUUGUGAUUUUAUUUUUGUAAUAUGUAAUUUUAUUUUGUAAUAUGUGAAGAUUGCCAAAUAACUUUAUUGUUGUACAUGCAAAGAUUA